CGCGCUCAAACGCACCUCUGACAUGUGACACAGCAUGGAAGAUUGUGAUCUCGCCCAAUACCGCGACAUGAUCAUCGAAGGCGAUCUUCCGCUCGACCUCCGACCUCCGCCGCGGCUUUACCUCCCUCACUACCUCAGAGACGAGAGCACGGAAUACCCUCAAGACGACACCUACGUCUCCGUGGACGAAGACACGCCAGAAGUCCCGCCGCCGUCCAGCGACUCCGAAAGGUUCGAGGCCUCCAGCCCCAGUGACACGAAGUCCAGCUCGCCGAAGAAACCAAAACAAAAAUCCUCGUCCCAGCUCAUCAAGCCGCCGUACUCCUACAUCGCCCUCAUCACGAUGGCCAUCCUCCAGUCGCCGCACAAAAAACUGACGCUGAGCGGGAUCUGUGAAUUUAUCAUGACAAGGUUUCCGUACUACAGAGAAAAGUUUCCCGCGUGGCAGAAUUCGAUCAGACACAAUUUGAGUUUGAACGAUUGCUUUAUUAAAAUUCCGCGGGAGCCGGGAAAUCCUGGAAAAGGGAAUUACUGGACGCUGGAUCCGUUGGCGGAGGAUAUGUUCGACAAUGGGAGUUUUCUGCGGCGGCGGAAGAGGUACAAGAGACCGGCGCCGUCGUUGCAACACGCUCACGCAGUGGUGGCGAUGCUCGCUCGGGAGGCGUACGCUCCUCUGCUCCCGCUGCCGUGUUAUUUGCCGCCGACGCCGCUGCUGUCGUUGCCGCGCCCGCCGCCGGCGGCGUUGCGCCCAGUCCCGCUGCCGCCGCGAGUUGCAGAAACCACCGAACCUAGAGGGAAGCGGUCACGAAAUGGGUUCUCUAUUGAGUCAAUAAUUGGAUCACAAGACUCCCCAGUGACAUCCGAGCCUAGAAGAAGUGCGUUUUCUCCCCUGCAUCAGGGGAACUGCCCUCCAGACGACUGGGCGAGGUGA